AUGAACUUUUUGUUCCUUGUUCUCGUACAGCUGCAGGGUCUGAAGAAAUGUCCUAGGAACUACUUGCAGGCUUUGAAAGCCAUUCCUAGAACUUUGAGGAUGAUGACAUUGUAUUUUGACGAGCCGGCAUGGGUCUCCCUCGAUGGUUGGCGCAUCAAUGCCAACAAGGCCAGCUCGGCUCGAGCCAUUAAAGGUGGCUUGAACCCCGAGCAAGCCGUGGCUUGGGAGCUGUUUAGCCCCAUCCAGAGGUUCCUCUUUGUUGUCAUGAUAGUUGUCGUGAUAAGUGUCGCUGUUGCAGAGUCAAAGAAAAACUGCCACAUUACGAAGCUAAAGAAAUCUGUGGAACUUAGGGGAAGGGGAAUUGAACUCGGUCAGGUUCAAGGAAGCGAACACACUACCUUCAUUAAUUGGCUGUUUGCACCGACUAUAAUCAUCGAUUUGCCUCGAUUUUGA